AUGGUUGUGGUUGUUUCCCAUCAGCGUGAACCCAACGACUACAAACUUGCGAGCAACUUGAAACCUGGGACAGUGGACAUCAUCCUUGGCGGCCAUGAUCACUAUUACGCCCAUUCUGUUGUCAAUGGAACUCAUGUGCUGCGAUCAGGGACUGAUUUUAAGCAAUUGAGCUACAUAGAAGCCUUCAGAAAACUUGAGGGAGCGCCAGGCUGGGAGUUUAACAUAACGCGCCGCGAUAUUUUGCGCUCCAUACCCGAGGAUCCUGAAACAAUGACCAUGGUUAACCGGCUCACUUCCAGCUUGGAGGCGAAGCUGGAAAAGCCGAUAGGCUACACGGUCAGCCCUCUCGAUGGUCGUUUCUCGACGGUACGACAGCGAGAGUCCAACUUGGGCAAUUUCGUCUGCGAUCUCAUGCGUUUCUAUUACGCCGCCGACUGUGCCAUGAUGGCUGGUGGGGACCAUCCGGGGUGA